AUGCCAGUCACCGCCACCGCGAUGCGCCUCAUCAUGCGCCAGAUUCAAGACAUUGAGGCGAACCCCGCAGAUGGCGUGCGCAUCCACAAGUCCAACGACCUGAGCGAGUUGCUCUUUGACCUCACGGGGCCGGAGGGGACCCCGUUUGCCGGCGGCGUCUUCCACGUCGCGCUGUACUUCGAGGGAGGGUACCCGGAGGUGCCUCCGCGCGGGGUCUUCCGCACGAAGAUUUUCCACCCCAACGUGGCAGAAAAGGGAGACAUAUGCGUGAACGUGCUUAAGCGGGACUGGACUCCGAGUCUUGGGCUGCGUCACGUGCUCAUGGUGAUCCGCUGCCUCCUGAUUGAGCCAAACGCGGAGAGCGCGCUGAACGAGGAAGCGGCCCGGCUUAUUCUGGAGGACUACGACUCCUACAGGCGGAAGGCGGAGAUGAUGACGAAGGUGCACGCCAUGAAGGGUGGCAGACCUGCGAAGGGCGCACGGUCGUUGCCUUCCGACAAAAGCAGAGGAAAUGUUUCGCAGCGUGUUGGGGGCACCGCCCAUGUCGGCGUUGCCGGUGCGCGGGCAGUAGAGGGCGGCGGCGGCUCGCAACUCCGUAACACAUCGGAGUCGGCGUUGAACAACAGAAGCGCCGAGGGCGGCACUUCCGCGACGGUUGCUGCUUCUAACCUGGAGGUGGAAAAGAGACGCGCGGUUUUCAGGCGCAUCUGA